UAGUAGUGCGCCCUACCUAGUGCACUAAGGUGCGGAUUGGGAUGCGAUCCGAGUAGAAAAGGACCUUCCUGUUUCCAGGGGACGUCUGGUGGAGGAGUGCUGCUGCUACAACAACAGGUGUUGGCCAUGGAGCAGUGUGCGUGUGUGGAGCGCGAGCUGGAGAAGGUGCUGCACAGGUUCGUGACGUACGGACACCAGUCAGAGGAACGUCUCGACGAGCUGCUGAGGAACGUGUGUGAGCUGCGCAGCCAGCUGGUCACUUUCGGUGUACAGGACACAGAUUUAUCCGUGCUUUCUCAGACGAUGGCGCAGUGCUGUAAGGAAAUCAAGGAGACGGUGCAGAUGCUCGCCUCUCGCCACAAGGACAUCCACGGCAGCGUGUCCAAAGUGGGCAAAGCCAUCGACAGAAACUUCGACGCGGAGGUGAGCGCUGUAGUAGCCGAGACGGUGUGGGACUCGUCCGAGAAGCAGAGGAACCUCAGCGAGACCAUCGUGGAGCACCUGUACCGACAGGGCAUGCUGAGCGUCGCUGAAGACCUCUGUCAGGAGUCUGGCGUGGUCAUCGACAUGAGCAUGAAGCAGCCGUUUCUGGAGCUCAACCGCAUUCUAGAGGCUUUACGGAUGCAGGACCUCCGACCGGCGCUAGAAUGGGCUGUGACGAACCGACAGAGGCUGCUGGAUCUGAACAGCAGUCUGGAGUUCAAGCUGCACCGGCUCUACUUCAUCAGCCUGCUGAACGGAGGUGUGGAAAACCAGCUGGAGGCGCUGCACUACGCUCGCCACUUCCAGCCGUUCGCCGCCCAGCAUCAGAGAGAUAUCCAGGUGUUAAUGGGCAGCCUGGUUUACCUGCGUAACGGCAUCGAGAACUCUCCGUACCGCAGUCUGCUCGAGACCAACCAGUGGGCCGAGAUCUGCAACAUCUUCACCCGGGACGCCUGCGCCCUGCUCGGCCUGUCCGUAGAGUCUCCGCUCAGCGUCAGCUUUGCGUCAGGUUGCAUGGCCCUGCCCGUGUUGAUGAACAUUAAGCAGGUCAUCGAGCAGAGGCAGUGUAGUGGCGUCUGGACACACAAGGACGAGCUACCCAUCGAGAUAGACCUGGGGAAAAAGUGCUGGUAUCACUCUGUGUUUGCGUGUCCCAUCCUGAGGCAGCAGACAUCAGAGAGUAACCCACCCAUGAAGCUCAUCUGCGGUCACGUCAUCUCCAGAGACGCCCUCAACAAACUCACCAACGCUGGGAAGCUGAAGUGUCCAUACUGUCCGAUGGAGCAGAACCCCUCGGACGCUAAACAGAUUUAUUUCUGACGUCCCGGAGUGGAGCAGAUUAACGCAGCGGAGGCUCCUCAGCGUGUCGGAGGCUCCUCGGAGUGGCUGAGUUGGAAUGAUCCACGUUCACGGCCUUCUGCGGCGGCUCGAACCGUGGAGCCGCCAUACCCCCCUUCCCGAGAUUUUUAGUUGGCACAGGCCGGUGGUCAUGACAACACACACCUGUAGAUCUGAGUCAGUUAAGUGUAUGUCACAAGGACAGAGCUCCACGGAUCAUUUGCUCAUAUGAUGCACUCAUUUAUGACUCACAGGCUUUUAUGAAUAAGUAUGUGUGGGUUUUUUUUUUUUUUUUUUUCUCUCCCCUCUCUCUCUCUCUCUCUCUCUCUCUCUCAUGUCAUUAAUAUGUUUUAAUUUUACUUUUCAGUUUAUUUCCUCCGUAUGGCUUAGGAGAGCACGGUGUAUGCUUGUGAACAGGUGUGACCUUCCUGCAUUGUAUGUUUUCACGGUUGCUUAUUUACAAGAUAUUUAAACGACUAUAUUAUAGAGGCUUUCAGCCGGUGUACAUGACAGAAAGGCUUUUCAGCAAGUAUAUUCACAGAGACGUAUUCAGUGAGGCCAGGAGGUGUUUGGUGGAGGGCUUUGUUGGGGAAGAGAAGACUGUUGUAAAACAGAUCCCGGCGCUCUUCAUGAUGGUGUAAUGAUAAAAAUAAAAAAAAAAAAAUCUGAUUAGAUUGUUGGAUUUCUGGUUAAAAUAUCCGUGCGAUGAAUCGUCGCAGAUGUGACGUGAGCAGAUUGAUCUGACGUUAUCUGAUUUCUCAGAGUAAUAGAUAUGUGUCUUGCUUUGUGUAUAUAUUUAAGAAAAUAUUUAAAAGGGAAAAAAAAGAUACUACUGUGAACUGUGACUCUUUAAUUUUUUUCCUCAGUAGUUCCUCAAGCUUAUCGCCUCAUUGCCAUGUUAUAAAGUAACUCAGUGUAACACGGAUCCCAUCAUCCCUCUAUGGAAAGAGAGCAGUUUUUUUAAGCCUUAAAAGGACGACUGGCUCCAUCAGUAAGUUAAAUUAACUGCACUGAGUGUUGGAUGAGUUGGUCUGCUUUUAUUUCUUUUUCUUUUUAAUGCAGGGGAAAAUGUCAAUUUUAGCCCUCAGGAUAAUUAACAUAAUGAAAUUGCUUCAUGCUUUUAAACUGGGAUUGUUUGUGUGUUUGCUUCUGGUGUGUGUGUGUGGAUAUCACAUGAAUCUUAAAGAAGCAUUUCCCCAAAAAUGACUUGUACACCAUGUUCCCUUUACCGCAGAUGUAGACGAUCAACCAGGACAUGUUUAAUGUCUAAAGUAAUAAUAAAAACAAUAAUAAUAAUAAUCUCUUAUUAGAGGUGGCACAAUACCACUUUCUUUCCCGAUAUCAAUAACAAUACUUAAAAUUUAAGUAUCAGCUGAUAUCUGUACUCAUCUGAUUAUCAUUUUCUUUCUUUAAAAACUUCUAAGGUUUAAUUUUUUUUUUAAACUGAAGAACUUAAGGAAAAAAAAAAUACAUGGCUAAAAUCAUGACUUGCACAAAACUGCAGCUUUGACACAAAAAUCACUUGCAUUACACAUAACAGAGUGUAAAUUAUAAAUAUAAUAAAAAUCAAACAUAAAAUAUGCAGUCAGGUCUCUUUUAUAAAUGAACAUUUCCAGUUUGAAGAAAAAAAAAGUACGUUUCCAAUUCCAGUCUGUGACAUUUGUUACAGGAUGGGAACAAAUUCAUUUUUAUUUAUUUAUUUAUUUUUUAACGUCGAUAUACUCACCUUUUUUGUCCUAGUAUCGGCCCGAUACUGAUCCGGGGUAUCGGAUCAGUGCCAUCUCUGUUUCUUACAUGACACAAAAUUUCUUUUCUACAUCCUCUCAAUAAAUAUAUUUGUAUUUUUUUCUAAAAUAAUGCAUGAAAAGUUGGCCAAGCGUGAUUUCUCUCCUGAUUUUUCCAUACAAACCAUAGAGAGAGAUUUGUUGGCUCCUGUGUGAAAUACUGUAGAUGUUUUCUAGAUAAACAGAUCUUCCAGUUUGAUCUCCAUCAAGAGAGACGGACUCACUCCGUGUUUUCUGAUAGCAUCCUCAGUCUACUCAAGCCUAGUACAUCAAACACCAGACAUGUUUUGUUUGAUCGACAACAUCUGAGGGAAAUUGUGUACAUUUCAAACUGUGAAGAACCAGCAUAGCUUGACCUGAUGGUUGAAUUUAGGGAUUUAAAAAAUGUUUAGCAUUAGAUAUCCUAACACGUGAGGCAAACAAACCUGGUCAUCUCCCACAUGUGUGCUACAAAUAUUUCCUUUUGUUUAUUUUGCUUCAGUAGACAAUCAGAUUCAGAAGCAGACAGUCGUCAUUAUGGCUGUGUGAGAUCAGGUUUGUGAUUCCUGGAGCAGAGAUCAGCCACGGAGCUGCACACUGAGUGCAGAGAGUUAGCUCACAGUGUUUCAGUGUUUUACCCUGCUGGAUUAAAUGAAGCAUUUGUUUCCCAAAACCGUUCAUGAGCUGAAUCAGGUGUGUGUGUGUGUGUGUGUGUGUGUUCUAGAUGGAGAAACUGCUCAGGAGCAUGCUUAACCAGUGUCUUCAAAAUGUUCUUGUGAACGUAUCCACACUUCAGUGUAAUACACAAAACCCAUCAAUACAAACCCCGUGUUUUAUACCAUUUAAUGCAUCUCUAAUACUCUAUAAUACACUAUAAAUGUGUGUUAGGACAGCUGUCGAUUUAUUACACACUCCCACCGUGUUGUUCAUGUUGUAGGUGUACAGUUAGAGAGUAAAUCUCGUAUUAGGCCACGAACAGUGUGUGUUAUACGAUAUAUCAUUUCUGACCACAGCACAUACACUGUACACAGCAGAUGUCAAAUAUACGGCCCGCGGGUACUAAAGCUUCUAAUCCGACUCACCAAAUCAAUUUAGAAACCACUCUGUAACUACAAUCGUCUGGAAUAGGAGCUAGUCUCGGUUACUCCACUAGGGGGCAGACUAGAGCAAUAAACUCAGCUACUGGCAAAAAUGUGCUAAUUAUGUAACUGUAUUCGCAAGCUAAAAAUUUGACACUGUAACAAUGUCAUUUUCCCAAAGAACUGAUUUAGGGCUUUCACAGCAACAUUGGUGAAAAUCUAUAUAUGGAAAAUUUGUAUAUAAUGUACAAUGUGAAGCUAUGUAGUAGAUACUUUGGACUAACUAUCAAAACUCUGCCCUGUUGUUACCUGAAAUGAAUUUGCUCAACCCCCAGAUUACUCCACGUGCUACAGUCAGUAACUGUUACACCUACAACAUGACCUCAGCAGUUGGUGUGUAUCUGAUAAAGCAGCAGCGCAGUGUGCUAAUCUGAUCAUAGCUAAUCUUAACCCCAACGUUAAACUAAACCUAGCCAGUGGUUCCGUUAUCACGCUCAUCACAAUUUCUUUUUCUUCCACUGAGGAGCAUUUAAGAUCUGCUUAAACCACUCGUAUCUCCGCAAAACAGACGGGUGUCUCUCAACCCUUUACGAAGAAAAUACACUCUAAUUCUGGUUUGAGACGCAUCACCAAGGCAUCAGGGAGUCACAGCCUUCGAGCUUCAUUUUGGUUUAGCAAUAUAUAACAAAUCUGCAUUUCCUGCUACUUCUUUUGUAAAUAUCUAUCUUCUAUCAUCACAGUAUGUUUAUUAAACCUGCAUCUGAGAUAAAAGCAGAAUAAAAAUGAUGUUUAUACACAG